GUAUGUGUAACAUCAUAAGCCCCACCUCCCUGCUGCUCUCGGCCACUGGAACACUGGCGUUUAAGAACUGCACCCUAUCAGAUGAGGCAUGCACCUUCACCGCGCCAGAGAUGCUGCAAGGCCGUGCCUCCUCAACCAAACCUGCUAUAGAGAAGAUGCUGGUGUAUUCACUUGGUAUGACUCUCUACUGGUCUGUCGAUUAUCAUCUACCUCAGAAUCAGCCGGUCCAGUUGAGUGACCACCUUAACAGCCUGCUACUGAGCAUGUGCGAGGACCUGGCCCACCGCAGGGUCAAUCUCAACAGUAUCUUGGAAUCCUGUGAGUCUCAGCACAAAGCCUCUCUCCUGCCUCCACCCAACAGAGUCAUAGGACAACUGGUGGAGGAUGUCUUUCACAAAGCUGUGGACCAUGGCUCUGUGCCAGAGCCCUUUGCCCCGCUGAGUGGGAGGAGUCAGAUGGUCAGAGAGAGGCUUCAUGGUAAGCGUGAUCGGUAUCCUGACUACAGUGAGGGCAGCGCGGCUGGAGCGGAGAGCAGACGGUACUCUAACGACUCCACCAAGUCAGAAAGUUUACUUCACAAACCCUGGAGACAGAAAGCCAGGAGCUCGCCCACCCCUGCAUACCCACCGAACAUAGACCGACUGCCACAGGGUCUCAGACACAGAGAAAGUAGUAGUAGCUGGCUGUGCCAGAGCCCCUACAUUGGCGUCCCCUCAAAGGGCAUACCCCAAUCCCCCAGCCCCUCCAUCACUUUCAGCGACUCCUCAGCCAGCCUCACCCAGAGGAAAGCCAAGGCUCUUGGUCCCGAGUUUAUCAGAAUGGCUGACGAACCCCAGGUAGUUCUGGAGCUACCCGGAUCCAUAGUGUCUAAGAAGGGCAGGUCUUGUUCGUCUCAGAGGGAGGUCAUUGUGGUGUUGCCCAGUGGUCAGUCUGUAUUGGUCAGAUGUGACAUGAAGUCCAGAGGGAGGGACGUGUUCGACAUGGUGGUGGCUCACGCUAACCUGGUGGAGCACUUCUACUUCGGACUGGCCUACACCGACGAUGAUGAAUAUUUCUUCUUGGACCACGAGACGAAAAUCUCUAAAGUUGCUCCUGACAGUUGGAAGAAAGUAGUGUCGACCUCUUUUCUUGUUUUUCUAAGGAUCAAGUUUUUUGUUGAUGAUAUCUCCUUCAUAUUACACAGGGUGACGCUUCACCAGUACUACUUGCAGCUGCGGAAGGACAUCCUAGAGGACAGGUUGUACUGCAACGAGGAGACAGGCAUGUUCCUGGCAGCUCUCGCUCUACAGGCUGAGUUUGGGGACUACAUUUCUGAGUUGUAUGGCAGGAACUACUACCAGCUAGAGCAGUUUGUGUCAAAGAGGAUGCUGGAGAAGAUGGCUCUGCCCAAUCUAAAGGAGGAGUUGCCACGGUUACAUGCCAACAAUGCCCAGAUGCUGCCAGAGGAGGCAGAAACCGAGUACCUAAAAAUCGCCCAGCAGCUUCCAGAGUAUGGGAUGGUGUUCCAUCGGGUAUGCCGGGAGAAGAAGCCGGUGGUGGGGGAGCUGGUGCUGGGAGUCUGUGCCACAGGAAUCAUCGUCUAUGAGCUGAAGAACCACCUCCGCACUGUCACACGGCGAUUCCUCUGGAGGGAGACCGAUACCAUCUCCGCCAACCAUCGUAAGCUGACCAUAGAGUGUGGUGGUCCCAGUGGUAAGAAGCACAGCUUUGUAACAGAGAGUUCUAAGAUUGCGCAGUACCUCCUUAGUCUCUGCUCCGGGCAGCACAAGUUCCACAGCGAGAUGAGUUCCAGGCAACUCAGCCACAGCAUCGCUCAAGAUGAGAACAUUGACAAGUACCAGUCUAUUUGUCGGACCAGUGACUCCCGUAUGAAGCGUCUUUCGUGUUCUGAGGUUGUCCUGAACAGCGUAGAGUUACCAUCCAACCUCGGCCACCGCGAGUCAUUAAGUAAGUCGUGUGAUGACAUCACGGCGAAGGUGGAGGCGCGUCUAAGGCAACAGAGAGAGUUGAGGGAAAUGAGCAGAGAUCUACCCGAGCCAUGCCCACUGUCAGAGAUGAAGGAACAGCAGGGCUGGAGUACUCCAGAGCCCAUCCCCAGAAUCAUGUCCAAUCCCAUGCUACAGAAACAUGACUCCACAACCUCCUCUAUACAAGUAGACACUCCAACCAGGGGUUCUCCAGAGAGAGAGAUCAUCAGUCUGAUCCUAAGGAAAGACCCUAAACUGGGCUUUGGGGUUGUGAUAGUGGGCGAGAACAACACAGGGAAACUGGACCUGGGAAUCUUCAUAGCCUCCAUCGUACCUGACGGACCAGCAGACAGAGACGGCAGAAUCAGACCAGGUGGUCGUCUGAUUUCUCUAAAUAAGAUCAGUCUGGAGGGCGUGACGUUCACUGACGCAGCAGUCAUCCUCCAGAACAGCCCUGAUGAGGUGGAGCUCAUCGUCUCACAGCCCAAAU